GAGCAGUCCUGUAUUCCACUGGGCAAGAAAAAAACCAGUCAGACGACGGGCGCCGGCACUUUGAACAUUGUGGAAGCGCGUGGGGGUUUGGGUGGCUUUUCACAGCAUAGCGGUGGAGCCGGUGCCGGGUCUCUCGGCCCUGUCCGCCCCGAUGCGCCUGCACAAACUAGCUGGGGAGAAAGACUGGCCGGAGCGGGUCGCGCACCUGUUUCGGACGCCUUCGGAGCGGCUUCGCUGCCAAUGAAAGAGCCGCCCCGAGUGCGCCAAGAAGUGCGCCCACGAGAGGGAGGGGAGGAAGCGCGGAAGGCAAUGCAGCACCAGGCGGGCGCCUUUCCCUCCGGCCGUAGGCGCGCGCGCCGCCGGGCCCCGUUCAUUACCGGCCGCGGGCCCUUCGUGAUCAUGGUCAGC